AUGGAAGCAUCUAACGGUAAGUAUCUCACUAUAGAUUUUCACUUCAACGGCAUGUUUGCACCAAACCCGUUAGUGUACUUAGACCCUAUGAGAAUGUCAGUUCGUGAUGUGGAUUUUGGUGGCAUGGACUAUAGAGAAUUUGUGUUGUGGGUUUCAAAGCUGACAAGACGAAGUUGUGAGAACUUGUACUAUUGUAGUACUCAUGAAAGAUUGGCAGAGGGUAUCAGAAGAAUCGAUAAUGAUGCUGACUAUUUUGAGUUUAUUGAAGAUGGUUACAUGGAUAAGCAGGAGCUAAGGAUGAAUGUGUACAUUGACCACGAAAACGAACCCAUUCUUGACUGGGCUGAUAAGGAGUUGUUAACAGGUGAUGAGUUGUCUGAUGUAAUAGAAGAUGAUGAUACAGAGUCACAAAUUUCAGAUAUAAGGGAAAGUGAGCAUGAACCUGAUGAAGAGGUGCAUAUAUUUGACAAAACAGAUGAUGAUGAAUUCUUGAACAAGUUGUGUGGUAAACCCAUUCUCAAUAGUAAUCAAGAAGAAGUAAAUGAUGCUGAUGAUGAUGAAGAUAGGGAUAAAGAUGAUGAGGUUGUGUUCCCUGUCUUUGAUGAGAAGCAAGAAUGGGAUAAAAUGGUCCCAAUUUUAGGUAUGAAGUUUGCCAACCCUCUUGAAUUGAAGCUUUGUCUAACCAACUAUGCUGUCAAGAAUGGGCAUAAUUGUGCAAGAGUUUUCAAAUUUGGGUCCAUUGUAAGCUACAAAUGGAUUGGAACUCAUUUCAUGAAUGAUAUAAUACAGAAACCAAAGAUGAGCAUUAGGAAAUUGAAAGCUAAGAUAGAAGGUACUUUAAUAGAGCAUUAUGCUAAGACAUGGAGUUAUGGAGAAGAGCUAAAAAGGACAAAUCCCGGAUCAACAGUUAAGAUGGAGGUGGAUGUGAUGCCUGAUGGAGAAACAUACUUCUCAAAGUUUUAUGUGUGUUUAAAGGGUUUGAAGGAUGGAUGGAUAGAGGGUUGUAGGAGGGUAAUUGGAGUAGAUGGUUGUUUCUUAAAGGGCAUAUGCAGAGGUCAGUUGCUUGCAGCCAUUAGGAGGGAUGCAAACAACCACAUAUAUCAUGUUGCAUGGGCUGUGGUUGCAGUAGAAAAUAAAGAAUCACGGAAGUGGUUUCUUGAUCUUCUAAUUGAUGACAUUGGAAUGGGAGUUAGGCAUGGACUAACCAUAAUAUCAGACCAACGCAAAGGAUUAGUUGAAGCUGUGAAGGAAAGGGUUCCAGCUGCAGAGCAUAGACAAUGUGCUAGGCACAUAUGUGCUAAUUUCCAAAAAAGAUUUAAGGGGCAAAUGUUUAAGAAACUGUUUUGGAGAGCUGCUGGAUCUACAGUUCCACAAAAAUUUGAAUACCAUAUGAAUGAAAUCAAGAAGCUGGAGCCACUAGCUUAUGAACAUUUGAUGGAAAGGGACCCUAAAACAUGGUGUAAAGCAUUUUUUAGGUUGAUAGGAGUUGUGAUGCAUAUGAAAAUGGUGUUUCUAAAAGUUUUAACUCUGUUUUGGCAAGUGGUACCUUCUGGGUAUAUGCAAUUUGAGGUGAGGGUGGGGACUGAAGGUUAUGCUGUAGACCUGAAUACUAGGCAAUGUGGAUGCAGGGCAUGGCAGUUAGCAGGGUAUCCCUGUGUGCAUGGAUAUGCUGCCAUUUCAAGCCUUAAUAGGGACCCUGAGGAGUAUGUGUCAGAAUGGUUUACUACAUCAAUGUAUGCAAGUUGUUAUAGGUAUAACAUUAGGCCACUAAACUAUAGUGCUAUGUGGUCUGAAGUGGAUUACACCAAACCAUUGCCCCCUAAAAAAAGAAGACUACCUGGAAGACCAACACUGAAAAGGAAAAGGGAUCAGGUUGAGAGAGAAGCUAAGGGAACAAGGCAUACAGUCUCAAAAAAGGGAAUGAUCAUGAGAUGUACCAUUUGUAGGGAAAGAGGACAUAACAGAUCAACAUGUCCUCAAAGACCAAAUGAUGUACCAUCUACUUCAGGUUCUAACAAAAAGAAACCUAAGAAACAAGGUAAAGUAGACCUUGAAGCUGAAUUGGAAGUGGAACAUGUUGUCAUGUUUGAAAGUGAAAGUGAUAGUAACUUUGAAAGUGAAAGUGAUGUGGAAGCUAAUGUUCCUGAAGUUGAUGUUCCUGAACCUGAUGUGGAAGUUGAAGUUGAUGUUCCUGAAGUUUAUGUGGUACCUGAAGUUGAAGUUGAUGUUCCUUUAGUCCAAGAUAACCUUGUAGGUGAGAUUCAAGAUGACAUUCAAGUUGAUGCUAACAUAGAAGAUGAGAUUCAAGCUAACAUUGAAGUGGAACAUGAAAUUAAAGUUCAAGAUAAUGUGGAACAUGAAAUUCAACACAAUGCAGAAAAUCCAGUUAGGAAGAGGACAAGAAAAACUUCAAAAAGACUCACAAAGAUUCAGUUAAGGAAGAACAUAAGGAGGAAGGAAGGAAGCAGUACUGACCACCCACUGGAGAUUUGA